CAAUGAGUACGGCAGGAGAAAGCAGGAGGCUUCGCCCUAAGCAAACAUCCUGCUGGAGGACAGGUCCUGUGCUAACCAUGGAAGGCUCUCCAGACCCUUAGCACCUUCACAGCAAGCACUGCAGCAGUCCGAUCCAGAAAGGAAGAAAGACACUGUAAGAUGUUCAACUCCAGCACAAACUCCUCGGGAAGCAGCUGCAGCAACAGCACAGUAAUAACGAAGACAGUCAUUCCCCUGAUCUACUGCCUUAUUUUCAUAGUAGGACUGCUGCUGAACGGUGUGGCAGCGUGGAUCUUCCUGUACAUCUCCAGCGAGAAGAGUUUUAUUGUCUAUCUCAAAAACAUUGUUGUCGCUGAUCUCCUCAUGAGCUUGACGUUUCCCUUCAAAAUUCUUGCUGACUCAGAAAUGGCACCUCCGCAGCUCAACAUGUUUGUGUGCAGAUACUCUGCUGUUGUUUUCUAUGCUAACAUGUAUAUUGGAAUAACAUUUUUUGGCCUCAUAGGUUUUGACAGGUACUACAAAAUCGUGAAGCCUUUAUUCACAUCUUUUGUUCACACUGUUCACUACAGUAAGGUUAUCUCUAUAAUCAUAUGGUUAUUGAUUAUGUUUAUAACGCUUCCAAAUAUGAUUUUAACUAACGAAACCUCUAAAGCAAAUCAUUCCAGAAAAUGCAUCGGUCUUAAAAGCGAGCUUGGCAAACAGUGGCACAAGGUGUCAAGUUACAUUUGUACAGGGAUUUUCUGGAUCGUUUUCCUCCUACUCAUCAUUUUUUACACUUCAAUAUCAAAAAAAAUAUACAGCUCCUACAAAAAGUUCAGAAGGAACUCAGACUCCACUAAGAGGAAAACCAGCCGUAAUAUAUUCACCAUCAUGUUUGUGUUUGUCAUCUGCUUCGUACCGUACCACUUCUGCAGGAUUCCGUACACGCUAAGUCAAACGAGCUCACAGUUCAACUGCCACUCACAACGAGCCCUGUUCCACGCCAAGGAGUUCACUCUGGUAUUAUCCGCUGCCAAUGUGUGCCUCGAUCCCAUUAUUUAUUUCUUCCUCUGCCUACCUUUUAGAGAAAAGCUGUAUCAGAAACUGCAUCUCAAGCUGAAAAGUUCAGGCGAGGUUGAAAUUACUAAAUCUAGAAAAUCAAACACACUUCAGGAAAGCGUGAACAUUCUGUAAGUUCAGGUCUGAAGAGCAAUGCACACUAGAAAGUUACUCCAGAAUGCAAACGUUGCUGAAAGAAACGGAACAGAUGACGACCAGCAGUAAAACACAACAUGUUUCAAGCACAAAAUACCAAGCAGUGUAUGUUUCUCCACAUAAAAAGACCAUUGCAUGCUCUCAGUAUGCUUACUACGAGGCAUUUCAGCUGACACUAUGAUUGCACUGUGGUGCGAUGUGACCUAUCUGGAUCUCAGAAAAGAGAAGAGAAUAACUGGAACAAAGCAUUCUGGAGCACCACGCCAUGGUUCUGAAAGAAUUAUCCAACAUCCCAGCCAUCAAACCACCCUCAUUUCUCAUGAAGCCAGGCAGGACACACCUGAGGAGCAGCAGGGCAGCCCUAAGAGCCUGGGAACCAUGGAUCAUGCCAUCCCAACCCAAGCAGACCCCUCAAAGCAAUGCGAUAAGCUCAGCUGGGUCUGCCUGCCUUUGAGGCCUCUGCCUCCAAGAGCUCUCUGUGCAUUCACCAGCUCAGACAGCAAAGCCUUCAGGGAAGUGCUCUAUUCCAGCAACUGCCCAAGAAAGAAAAGGAUUUUUAUAUGUGUAUAUAUAUAGUGAUCAAAUCCUCAAAGAUCUACACAAAGCCUGAAAAAAAAAAAACUGUUAAAAUUUAUAAAACUAUUUUGGCUUUAAGGGAAGAGUUCUACAAAGUUAGGGAAUUAAACAACGUGACUAUUCGUCAUCCUAAGGCAUCAAGGAGUCAGAGAACUUCUAAGAUGUAAUGUUCAGUAUAAGAAAAUGUUUAAAGAGGGAUCCUCCCAUAAGCUGGUAAGCACUGUACCAUAUUGCUUAGGGCUUUUUGACAUAACAUGGUGUACACCAAGCACGUGCCCCCUCUGUUGCUGUAGGAGGUAAGAACAGUUAAGGAGCUGUCUAGGAACUGGGAGGUUAUAUGUUUAAAUCCAGAAAGAAUGGUCUGUUGGCUUUCUUAUGCUUUUGGCACUAUGGCAAAACAAUUCUCUAGGUACAAAAGUAACAGCUGAAACACCAACCUUCUACAUGCAAGUAUAAUCUUAUUUUCAGUGAUAUUUUCCAGUGCAGCCUUUUUUUUUUUAAUCAUCAUAAAGGGAAACUGUACCAAUGCAUAAAGUAUCCAUAAAAGCUUUCAGGAAAUGACUCUGGAAGCUCUCAUUUCGCAUAACAAAAGUUACAGGAACAGAAAUAACAUGUAUUACCUUUCUGCCGCUGUAUGUUACUUUAAUCCAAGCAGGUAAUGUCUCAGGGCGAAUACUUUGUUUAAAUACAUGUUUGUAAGCUUUCCAAGGCUGUGGGCAGCUCCUCUUGCUCUGACAUCUCUGAUUUGCAGUGACAGUACUCCACCACCACGCACAACCACGAGCUCCCUGACUCACACCGAAGUGAAACCUUGCAGGCUCUUCCAUUUCAAGCAAGAGCAAUAAUUUGCAAGGGCAGGGAACCUUGUGAUGUGUGGGUCACUUCUUGUAAGCGAUGGCAAAAACAUUUGGUUCCUUAUACGACAUGGAUUUUAUUUGCCUACAUAAAUCUAAAUAAUUGUGUCUGUGGAAGUACAGUGGCAUACAUUGAUGAAACCCAUGUCUGCAAUAUAUAUUCAUAUAACUUCCUUAUUACUUUGCAAGCUUUGAAAAAAACUAUUGAUAUUGAAGAAUUCUCUGUUUCCUACCUGUUUACUGAUACAUAGAUUUUUGUCAUUGUAGAAUAAGAACUCGGGUGAAAGUAUGCUGACCCCAUACAGUGUUUCAAAAGCAACACUGAAUUCCAAGCUUUUGAUGAGUUUCAAUUUAGAAAACCAAACAACUCCCUCCAAUAACUUCACUAGUCAGAAGAUGUUUUGAGAUCACUCACCCUACGGCAAUCUGGUACCCAGGGAGCCACAAGUCUCAAGUAACCCCAUCAUCCAACCAAGCUUCUGCUUCACAUCAACAACCUGGCUCUUAACUUUGCUGUAUAAACCAGGAUGGAAAGGUGCAAGGCCAAUCUCUUUCCUGUACUGGGAAGUUAAUUCUGUGAUGCUUUUCUCAGAUAACCCCGGCAAGCUCCUCAGACACCCAAGUCCCGUCAUCCCAGUAGGUGCCAGCUCUUUCCUCUCCAGGUGCAUUUACCACCUGGAGGAACUUCCCUAAAGUUGUUGCAGUGAAAUUUAUGGGUAACCAAGACCAAACCAAGUUCCCAUUUGAGGGCUUAAACCUAGCAAAUGGAAAUCUUUCCUCCAAGUACUAUUUCAGGAGAAAAAUUCAUUACACAACCUUCUCAACAAAUAAAAAAUCCUGCCUGUGCCGAAACCAGCACUAAGGCUCACAGAGUUCAAUUGUGCAAGAUGCCAUCCCCAAAAGCAAUCAGUCUCUAUUGCAAACAAGAACACCUCACCAAAGAGGAGGCUGAUGCCACUUUUAGGUGUGUAGCAGACCUCACAGUCACAGUCAGCGGACAUUGCAAGGGCCCUCCUUGUACCUGCCGGCCAUAAGCCAAGGGACAGGAGGGAAGGGCUAGUGUCCCUGAGCCAACACCUCACACCUAUUCCCCCACCUCACCCCAAUAAGUCUGUGACUAUCCUUAUGAGUGUACCUAACAAUCAUCACUUCAGGGCACUAGACGUUCAUAAAUGUCUGUUUAAACAACUAAAACUAAAUCCUGGUAACCAACAGAAGGCUCCGUGGGGCCUCGGGAGCUGCUUGCUGUUUCACUGCUGUCAUGGUCCACCUGAGCUCUGGCAGCACAGCUGUCCCAGCACGCACAGGGUCCCUGCUGGAGCUCACCCCACUCAGCAGCAUGGGACCCCUCGGAAGGGUCCAGGGAUGCACACACCGCUGGGCACAUCUCCUCUCCCUCCGCAUGUAAAUAGAAAUGCCAGUAAUUCUUUUCUUCACUAGAGAUAGCUUUCUGCUCAGAACUUGUAACAACCCUUCACCAAGUACAUUUACAUUUUUCACUUACAACGCAGAUAUAUUAUAAUGGGAUAAAGCUUUUUAAUCUGUCAAUGAAAGGCACAGAAGUCUUUAGAAGCGUACGGCGGAGUCACUCGUUUGUGAAUGCCUGGGCACAGAGUACGUGACCCGGGUAAAGGACGGGCCAGACACAACGCAGAUCGCUCCCCAAGGACGUGCCCCGGCACUCACACUCGUGACCACGCACAGGAAGAGAGGAAACAUCUCUCAGGACUAAUUAGCAUCAUCUGCUCAUCACUGUGCCUCGGAACGACUCCGAUUGCUUCUCUGAAAUGAAAAGCUGAAAGAAAACUGACUGUUUGCAAGUGACUUUUUAGGGUUUUUUCUGCCUACCAUCAUGUAAGUGACACAAAAUCACAAUAAAACCAGGGUUUCCCCUCA